UGUGUCUCUAUGUGUGUGUGUGAGAGAGAGAGAGCAAGGUGUAGAGAGACUCACACCACCACCAUUAGACACCAGUGCAGGUGAAUGACUGCUGGACAUCUGAACCUGGAGAUUUUACUGGAGGGCUCCUCUUGGACUGUUUUUCUUUCUGUUUUCAACAUCAAGUCUUUGUACAUUUGUGCUUUGGACAUAGCUGAACUUUAAUUUGAAGAUUUAGUCUUGCUGCUGCCACCAGUGGAUGUAGUCAAUGGUUGCUGAAUCCCAACAUUCAGGUAUUUUUUGAGGAGGAAAAUCUUCAUUGCAGACGUUUAUUCUGAGGCUGAAUCCCAUCCUUAAGGAGUUUGUUGCUGGUGCGGCUGUUUCUGAGACACCCAUCUUCUGAUAAGCUGCGUGAUCAUGGCAGACUUCCCGUCCAAGGUUACCACGGAGACCAGCUCCCCCCACUCACAGAACUCUCAGCAGGGGGGCAACAGCCUCCGAGGGCUGGCUGCUAACGUCACCACUAUGAUGGACAUGUCCUUUAUCCGAAGCAUCCCGGCCAUCCUCAUGAUGGCUGAAAUAUUUCUGGGGCUGCUCCAGUGGGCAUUGAUAGCCAGCACCCACUACACUUUGGUGCCAGCGAAUGGCUGGGUGAUGUUUGUGGCUGUCACUCUGUGGAUCCUCACCACCAUCCUCUUCUGCAUGAUCCUGUUCGGCGCCCAGCGAAAACUCACCACUGUCCCCUGGCCUCUGACGGUAAUGGUGUAUCACGGCGGAGCCACAGUCCUCUCUCUGACCGCCUUCCUGGCCAACGCAGCAUCCGUGCACCCCUUCCACUUCGGCUAUUUCUACGGACAUAUGGCAGCCGCCGCCUUCUUUGGUGCCGUGGUGACCUUGGCGUACGGUGCCAGUGCUUUCUUCUCGUAUUUGGACUGGAAGGGAGAUGGAGGAAACGCCGCCACCAGCACCGUGCCGACCUAGGACUCAAACCUAGGAAGCUGACUCCUUAUGUUUUCUUUCCCUCAAGAUACUGCAGUUAUUUGGCUAGUGUUGAUACUCAACUCUCAACACAGUGUCACUGGACUAUUGCUGCUGACUCCGAUAACCCAAAUCCUGAUCUUAGCUUAACCCCAGUAUUAACAAUAAGAUGACUUUUCAGUCAAACUCAACAGAAUUUUACCUUCCCAUUAUGAAAAUAAAUUGCGUAUGAGCACUGGGUUAGCCACAUAAAAUGUGUAUCUCUAAGACAAUAUAUAUUUGGCUCUGGUGGAGUGCACUGAGGCCUCUAAUUCAGGCCUUCCUAAAAGAAUACAUUUAAUAAUACUAUUGUAAAUCCACAAAUAAGUUCUUGGUAGUACCAAUGGCGUUGUUUAUAUGGAAUUAGUGGAUUAUGAAUAAUUAUAUCAUGAUAUUCAGAGCAUAAUAUAGUUACCAACACCUCCAGGUUGUAUUAAAAAUACACAUAAGAUGCCUCACUAUGCACAACAUUUUGGAAAAUUCCCAAAAUUCACCUUCUUGCCAUGAGUUAGAUAGAUCGAUACCACUCUCAUGUCUGUGCGAUAAAUAUGAAGCUACUAGCAGAAGCCGGUUAGCUUAGCUUAGCAUUAAGACUCAAGGGGAAACUGCUAACUUGGCUCUGUCCAAAGGUAACAAAAUCCUCUUACCAGUACCUCGAAAGCUCACUAAUUAACAUGUUAGUACAAAACAAAACUUUGCUGUUUUAUGGGGGGUUAUGUGCAAAACUAACGUUAUCUCUUGGCCAGGAGCAGUGAUUUCCUGAUGUUUUGUCCCAGCCAAAAAAUGCUCCGGCACAUAAUCACUGUAAAACUGCAACUUGUUUUUACACUAUGUUUUUUAUACGGAUUCUACAAACAAGAUAUGACGUGAUAAUUAGUGAGCUUUAGAGGGGCACAUUUUGUUACCUUUGGACAGAGCCAGGUUAGCAGUUUCCCCCUGUUUCCAGUCUUUAUGCUAAGCUAAGCUAAUCGUCUGCUGGCUGUAGCUUCAUACUUAACACACAGACAUGAGAGUGGUAUUGAUCUUCACCACUAACUCUAGAAAACGGAUAAGCGUAUUUCCCAAAAUGUCAAACUAUUCCUUUAAAGAAAGGUCGCCCAGCUACAGAACAACACUUCAAAAUGUGAAAAAAGUGAUUUGAACUGCAGAGUAAAUGCAGUUAUUUGUUCAUAUUCUGAAAAACAUACUCUACAAAUCUUGAUAAUAAAAGAAAAUUGUAAAAUAUAUAAAUGUUUUAUACCGUGGGAUCAAUUUUGACAACAUUAGUUUAUUAUUAGAAAUUGCUCUAAAGUUGUGUCCUCGGUUCAUCAUUGAUGCAAAGAUCAGAUUUGCACCAUGAAGUGGAAAAUGUUUUCGACCCUGUGUGAAUGUAUGGGUUUGAGAGGGAGGAAGACUAGAUCAAACACCCUGGUUACAAGAACUUACUCUUACUCCAGACUUGACAGCCCGACCAAAGACUUCGACUUUAAACAUUUCUUUCAGUGUGGAGCACUAGGCUGUGUCAGCUAUCAAGGACAAUGAAGAAACAUAAUCACUGAAAGUUUGUUUAGUAUUUUUUGUUUACAGAGCAUUGCUUAGGCUGGUGAGUACUGUAGUGACAAGCCUGUACCAUGUCAUAACCUGCCUGACUCCUGCGUUAGCUUUCUGUGAUGCUCAUAUUAGCAUCUGAUAACCUAACAUGGCAGUGCAGAAGGUGUGAAAAAUUACUGUAUGCAUAGUAUCUGUGUCCUGCAGAAAUCCAUCUUGAUUUCAUUAAUAUUCAGGCUAACAUGGAAACUCAUGAAUUCACUGCAGGCCAAGCCAAAACACUGAUAAUAAAGUGAAAAAUGUGCAUGGAAAAAAUUACUUUUUUAAUCAAACAUUUACUGAAGUAUGUUAAAUAGAUGCAGGGUUUCUGCAGGACAUAAACGACUCCUUUAAUGAUUCAAAUAUUGUUCUACUAAGGACUCUGAGAUGUGGAAAAAGUGUGUAACAUAUUUUAUUGAUUUAUAUGAUACAGUGCUCAACUCCUGUUGGAUGUGCCUUUAUGAAAUAUGUUGUGUCUUUUUGUACCAAGAAUUUGAAUACUAGUGAAAUCCUGUGGUGAGUGCUGGGGCUCAACCAUGCACUUGUUCAAAUAAAGCAAUUGGUGAUUUCAA